GCUGCUGCUAUCGUGCGGGCAGUGAGUGAGUCAUUCGGCUUUGACGGCGAGUGUCUCGCAGCGCUGCCGGGCGGAGAGCGGAGGACCGCGGGCCAGAGCAAUGCAGAACUGGGCGCUGACCUCGGUCCUGGUGACCGGCGCGAACCGUGGCCUCGGCCUGGAGCUAGUCCACCAGCUGGCGAGGGCUGAACGGCCUCCCCGCUACCUGCUGGCCGGCUGCAGGGACCCUCAGAGCACACGAGCACAGGAUCUCAUGAACCUAGCAAAGAGCUUCCCAAACAUAAAAGUGCUUAAGUUGGAUGUUGAUGAUUUUGGCAGCAUUCAAGAGUGUGCUGCUCAGGCUGAGAAGAUAUUGGAAAACAAUGGCCUAAAUCUGCUCAUAAAUAAUGCUGGCGCCAGCUAUAGUGGAGCCCUUAAUGAAAUUACUCCUGAAUCAAUGAUGAACAGUUACAGAACCAAUGUUGUUGGACCAAUGAUGCUAACCAAGGUUUUGCUCCCAUCUUUGCAAAAAGCGGCGUGCCUGAAUGAUGAAUUUAAAGCAGCAGUUAUCAACAUGUCGUCGAUAAUGGCCUCCUUAGAGCUGUUUAAUGACAAAAGUGGGACUGCAUACGCCUAUCGGGCCAGUAAGACUGCAUUGAAUAUGGUUACCAAGUGCUUGGCGAACGAAUUAAAACCUCAUGGAAUUAUCAGUGUUUCAAUGCACCCUGGCUGGGUCCAAACAGAUAUGGGUGGUGAAAAGGCACCACUAACGAAAGAGGAAAGUGUUCGUGGAAUUCUCCAGGCAGUGUCGAAGCUUUCAGCCAAAGAUAGUGGAUCGUUUCUAGACUGGAAAGGCCAGCGUUUACCUUGGUGAAGAAUAGCUUGUUGAGCAGUGAGAUAUUAGAUUAGAUUUUUUUUUUAGAUUAGACUUACAGUGUGGAAACAGGCCCUUCGGCCCAACAAGUCCACACCGACCCGCCGAAGCGAAACCCACCCAUACCCCUACAUUACCCCUUACCUAACACUACGGGCAAUUUAGCAUGGCCAAUUCACCUGACCCGCACAUCUUUGGACUGUGGGAGGAAACCGGAGCACCCGGAGGAAACCCACGCAGACACGGGGAGAACGUGCAAACUCCACACAGUCAGUCGCCUGAGUCUGUUAAAAUGAAUAAAGUCUACAGAAGAUGACAUUAGUAGUUACUGAUGUUCAACAGUACUGAAAUGCUUAUGAAAAUUACACUGUUUUUGAUCUAUACACAAUUUUUAAUGAUUCACAAAAUGAUGACUUUAUAAAUCAUGGAGUCAUACAGCACAAAAGAGGUCCAUCAAUGUACCACCAAAGCUCAACUAAAUCUACUCUAAUUCCAUUUUUCAGCACUCUGCUUGAAUGUUUGACAUUUAAUGACAUGAAUUAUUUGUGCAUAUUUGCUUUAUAACCUUUCAAUUCAAUUAAAUCCUGUAGUAUUGUUCA